GGCACUCCUCAGAGAAAUAUUUAUUUACUUGUUCAUAUUAGUAAGGAAUGAAGGCGGCAAUUAGAGGUCUUCCAUGUGGACUAAUAAUCAUUAGAAGAAUGGAACACAUGGCCCAAGUAACACUCCAAGCUCUUCUAAACGCACGCGUUUUGAAUGAUGAUUGCAGGCAAAGUGUUCGACAAAAAGCUCAAGACAAACAUAAUUUCUUUUACCAGUUUUGGCCUCUCUUAUCAUUACCCUUGUCUGUCUGCUUUCUCCCAUUUGGACACUAUUUAGCAGGUGUCCAUCUCCUUUUAGCUUCAAAAAUCUUGUGCUUCGAUUUGCUUUUCCUUUCACUUAAAGUUAAGAAUUUUUAAAAUUGCAUUUAGAGCUUUUCGUUUUCGCUUUUGCCGCCUAUAUAUCCUGUUCUGCGCAUUCUUUCUUCUUUUAACUGUUUUCUUUUUUGUGGGUUUUUAUUUUUUAUUUUUUUAAUUGUAUGGUGCUGCUUGUGGUUGUUGGUUUUCUUGUUGGGGUUUUCGCUGGGCAUGUAAUUCGGCUUUUGAUGGGCACACACUAUCCGCAAUUGUGUGUAUGUGUUUGUUUUUCUUAGCUGUAAAGAGGCCCACUGUAGUUGCCCACAAGUCCACAUUUGACUUGUUUAGACCCUUGAAUGUUUUGUGCUUCUUUUGUUUCGCCUCCUCCUUCUUUCCCUUUUUUAACACCGUGAUGUAGAAGUAACACUCAAGAGCUUUGUGGGAAAUUUCCCUCUUGUUUUAGAGGCUUUUAUUCUUUAUGCCUACUCGGACUUUGGCCUGGCUUACGGAUAAAAAAGGGGUCUUUGUUUCUUCUAAGCUUGGUCAUGGCCCCUGCAAGGAAAGUUACUGGGUUUCUUAAAGAGGGCAAUGACUGGUUCUAUAAUGCAGGGUUGCCAAGUGAUAUAACUGUUGUUGUGGAUGGCAUAAACUUCCACCUUCAUAAGUUUCCACUAGUAUCAAAAUGUGGGAAGAUAGCACGGAUAUGUGAAGAAUCAUUUGAAAAGGCUUUUACUAUGGCCCUUGAAGACUUCCCUGGUGGUCCUGACACUUUCCUGAUCAUAGUAAAAUUUUGCUAUGGCAUGCGGGCAGAACUGACACCAAGAAACAUAGUAACUGUCUCUUGUGCGGCAGACUAUCUUGAAAUGACAGACGAGUAUGGGGAAGAUAACUUGCUGUCCAAAUCAGAGAGUUUCUUCCACAAGAAUGUACUUCGCAACUGGAAGGACUGUAUAUUGGCUCUUCAGAGUUGUGAUCCAUUGACACCAAGGGUGGAAAAGCUCCAGAUAGUAAGCAAAUCUUUGAAUGCUUUGUCUAUGAUGGUCUGCACAGAUCCUAGUUUGUUUGGGUGGCCCAUGAUGAUGUAUGGUAGGUUACAGAGCCCAGGUGGUAGCAUCCUAUGGAAUGGAAUAAACACCGGUGCAAGAAUCCGAAGCACAGAAUCUGACUGGUGGUUUGAAGACAUCUCUUACCUUAGUGUAGGUUUGUUUGAAAAACUAAUCCAUACAAUGGAAACAAGAGGUGUUAGACCUGAAAAUCUUGUGGGUGCAAUUAUGUACUAUGCCAGGAAGUAUCUACCAGGUCUGGGCCGGUGGCAGAGCAGACAAAGUGGUAAAACUAGAACUGUUGCCAGUUUCAGCUUGACACCUGCUGCUGUUGAUCAAAAGGUUUUGUUGGAAACUAUUGAAAAGCUUCUCCCAGAAAAGAAGGGGAAAUCAUUCUGCCGUUUUUUAUUGGGACUUCUUCGUGUUGCAUUGAUUUUGAGUGUCAGACAAACAUGUAAGGAUUCUUUAGAAAGGAGAAUAGGGAUGCAACUGGAAAUGGCAACCCUGGAUGCUCUUCUUAUUCCUACUUACUCAGAUUCUGAUACUUUAUAUGAUACUGACUGCAUGGAACGUAUCAUCCAUCACUUCAUGAAUUCAGAAUCAAGGAUAACAUCAUUUUCUCCAUCAUUGGACCUGGAAACAUCACCAUCAUCUGAACCAUUGAGAAAGGUUGCAAAACUAAUGGACAACUAUAUUGCAGAGGUUGCUUCUGAUGUAAAUUUGAAACCGAUGAAGAUACGUUCUCUUGCAGAGGCUCUUCCAGAAUCUUCAAGAGCAUUGCAUGAUGGGUUAUACAGAUCAUUGGAUAUAUAUUUCAAGGCUCAUCCUUGGCUGUCUGAGAGAGAGAAGGAAGAACUUUGCAACAUCAUUGACUACCAGAAACUCUCCAUUGAUGCAUGUGCCCAUGCUUCCCAGAAUGACAGGCUACCACUUAGAGUCGUUCUUCAAGUUCUGUUCUUUGAGCAGAUGCAGUUGAGAACUGCUCUUGCUGGCUGUCUCCAUGUCUUGGACGCUGAAAAUGCCCCUGCAGGUCCCAUGACAGUACCAACUGACACGGCAGGACAAAUUGUACAGAGAGAUGGGUGGGUAACAGUUGUGCGUGAGAACCAGGUUUUAAAAGUAGAUAUGGAAAAUAUGAGGUCUAGAGUUGGGGAGCUUGAAGAAGAAUUUAGCAAAAUAAAACAAGAGAUGAAGAGGGUGACGAAAUCACAUAGCUCUCUUAGUUCCCCUCGCUUGGUUGCCCGGAAAAUUGGGUGCAAGCUUCUUCCACGAUCCUCGGAUGCCCAACCAGAUACUGUUGACAGCACUGGGCCCACUCCAAGAGCAUCAGUUGAACAACCACGUUCUUCCCGGCAUUCUAGACAUAGGAAAAGUUUCUCAUUGUUUUGAGAGCUGACACAAGGGAAUUAAAGACUGUAAAAAUGAAAAGCUUGUAUAAUCCAAAAUGCAGUACAGAUACAACAGAAAGGAUCACUGUUUCUACUAGCAGCGUUGGAUUCAAGAUAUAAAUACAAGGGAGUCUGAAGCUUCUUCCCAUCUUCUUGAAGCGUACUUAUUUCAAGUUUCUUUCAACAUUUGUAAGGGGCUAUUUUUUUCUCAAAUUUUUUGAGUGGUAGUUUUAUAGUGAGUUGUUAAAAAGAAAGUUGAGAAUGCCAUAAGCUCCAGUCCAAAUCUGGACUUGUAGUUACACUACCCCAGAUUUCUAGUGGAGCUACCAUACAUCUUGUAUUUAUCACAGGAAAAAAAAUGUAUUUAUCACAUUAGGCAUUGUUCUUUUCUUUUAUCCUUUUGUCCUCCCUCUUUACAGGUGUAUAUGUGCACAGUUAUGUGAAUUGUUUCUUAAGAUUGUAAUUGGGAAUAUAUCAGAAAAUUCAUGUUGCAA